AUGUCACCGGGGUGCCUGGUGUUUGCUGAUUGUCCGGUGCAGGUGCUGUGUGACAGUGAUUUAAAUUUAGAUUUCUUAUUAUGCAGUAAUAUUCUCUCCCCCCCUUAUAGGUAUCCCCUGACGAAUUACACAUUUGGCACAAAGGAGCCCCUGUAUGAGAAGGACAGCUCCGUGGCAGCUCGGUUUCAGCGCAUGAGGGAAGAGUUUGACAAGAUUGGCAUGAGGCGGACGGUGGAAGGGGUUCUGAUUGUACAUGAGCACAGGCUGCCCCACGUGCUGUUACUGCAGCUGGGUACAACUUUCUUCAAGCUGCCUGGUGGUGAACUCAAUCCAGGAGAAGACGAGGUAGAAGGGCUCAAACGCUUAAUGACAGAGAUACUGGGCCGUCAGGAUGGUGUUCAGCAAGACUGGGUGAUCGAUGACUGCAUUGGUAACUGGUGGAGACCAAAUUUUGAACCUCCACAGUAUCCCUAUAUCCCAGCUCAUAUUACAAAACCAAAAGAGCACAAAAAACUUUUCUUGGUCCAGCUUCAAGAAAAGGCUUUGUUUGCAGUCCCAAAAAAUUACAAGCUGGUCGCUGCACCGUUGUUUGAGCUGUAUGACAAUGCACCAGGAUAUGGACCCAUUAUUUCCAGCCUUCCUCAACUUUUGAGCAGGUUCAACUUUAUUUACAACUGAUUUCCUGUAUACCUGAAGAGUCUGAUAGAAGAAGCCGUCUCUGUGAGCACAGCUUUAAAAUGUAGAGAAAAGAAUACGUGUGACGCAAGGAUUUUUUUUUUAUGUCAUUCUUUUCCUGAAGGCCACUAAACUUUCUAUUGUAUGAAUAGAGAAGUGAACCUCAACUGUUUAGGUAGUGGGAUGGCAAUGUGAUACCCGUGUUUUAAUCACUUUUCAUUGUAAUACUCACCAAUUUUUUUUUUGUACAACAUUAAACAAAAUGGUUAAGAUUC